AGCCGCCGCUGGGCGUCUGCCUGUACUCCUGAGCCAGUUGGCUUCCUUUUGCCCGCCUCUUGCCAUGGGCAGCACGGAGAGCAGCGAGGGCCGCAGGGUGUCCUUCGGCAUGGAUGAGGAGGAGCGGGUCCGGGUGCUGCAGGGCAUCCGGUGCGCGCAUCGUGUUCUGCGUACGGCGAUGCUUCCAAUCCUGGACACCUGCCACAGCCUCUCAACGCCGCAGCCAAGGGGCGCUUUGAAAGUCGUGAAUCAUCAUAUACCCGUCCCUCUGCUUACAACCCUCCACUGGAUCCCCAGCGCCUUUAAACUGAAGAGGGACCGCCUUACCUUGUUUUACAAAGCUGUGCUGCCGACUUCUCUGACCACAGCUCAUGCCAGUACCCUCACUCCCACUCCCCAUCUAUUCACUGGCCUCAGGACCUUCUUGUCUCUGCAAGUUGCCAGCUUGCUCCAAGCACACAACCUCUGCAUUCGCUGUUUGCUCUUGUCCAGCUUUUCUUAUAUCUAGCUCUUACCAUUCUUGUUGUAGUUCACAUGUUAUCUGAAUAGCCUUCCUUGACCGCUCAGUCUAAAGGAGCUUCCCAUCCCCACUGUCACACCUUUACUUUUUUCGUAGUACUCAUCACCAUUUGAAACUUCUGUUGAUAACAAGCUGGUCACUGUGUUUCCUACUACAGUGUAGCCUCCUUGAGACUCAAGCUCUUGUCUGGUUCCCGGCUCCAGCGCCGGAACCUAGGAGAACGAUAAGAGCGGCUCACAUGUGAGUGCUCAGUGGGAGCCAUGAGUUGUGUUAAACCCUUUACAGGUAUCCUCUCAUUUUCCACAGCCCUAUAAGUGAGGGAGAUUUCUAUUUGUCCAUUUUACAGAUAAGGUCAGCUGAGGCACUGAGAUGAAGUAACUCAUCCAAGGUCACCUAGGUAACAAGUGGGAGAGCUGGGAUUGAAAUAGGCCAAGUCCAGGACUUGCUUAUUAAAUGCUUCCUUUCCUCCACCUGUGCCUGGCACAUAGUGGGUGCUUUGUGAAUAAUUGUUGAGUAAUUAAAUGGAGGAACCCAGUGAAACAGGGACCAAGGUUAAAUGGAAUGCACAGAGCUGGAUGUAGGUGAAUUAGUUAAUUAGGGAGGUGACUCAGAAAAAGAUAUGAGGAGGUCUAACCUCAGGAAAUGCUCAUUAGCUGUGUAAGAUAAGAUUAGCAGCUUAUCUUCUGAGUCUCAAUCACCACAUUUUUUUAAAAAAUGGGAGGAGGGUGUGAUAACCCUGGGUGCUGCCUGAUGAGAUGAAGAUGUGUGUGGAGGUGUUUAGAAAAAGUAUAGAUUAUUUUGUGAGAGCCUCUAUUCUUAGCACAGUGCUUAGCCCAUUUGGUGCUUGCUAGGUGUUAUCUAGUCUUGACCUGGCUCUUGGCAAAGACAAAAGGUGGUAGGGAGGAGGUGGCUUGUGUUGGAGGGUUGAGAGGCAAGAGCCUGAAUUGGCAUUUAGGAAGACACCCUUGGCUCUGAUUGGGUGCUCUUCCACCUUUGUCACGUGAUGUCCUGCUUUUGGGAUGCUGGCAAGAUAGGUCAGUUGGAGUCUUUUAGGUUGAGCGGAGAGUCCCUUUGAAGGUGACUUCCUCUAAGUUGACAGGAACAUCAUCUUUUUUGGGUGUAUCAGACCAGGUGCCUUUUAUUUCUAGUUCUCUUAAUUCUGCAAAGUAUAAAUUCUCUUUUAAGAUGGAGAAUGAGGCCUAGAGAGGUUAAGAAAUUUGUCUGAAGUGUUACCUCAGUAAUUUCUGGGACUUUCGUCCAGACCUUUGUGUUCCAGCAACAGCCUUUUCUCAUUACUCCAAGUUCCCAUCCCCCAGUGACAUGCAAGGCAGCGUGAACAUUCUGUGACAGAGCUUCUACCUGGCCUGCAGGGUGCUGGCGCCCACUUAGUUCUACCAGAGACUAUAAACUUGAGGGAGUUUUUCUGACUCACUGCUGGGCAAACUCAUCAGAGAGAAUAACUGCUUGUCUAGAGACACACAGUGGGUGGGCAGCCCCAUGCUCUGAGAGCCCCUUCCUUUCUUCCUUCCACCUGUGUGCCUGGUCUGAGAGGGAGAGCACAGAAAGGAGGUGAUUGCAGUUAAGUGCUUUGGUGUAGGGGCUUUUUCUGCUAGCAAAGUUAUUUGAAGGCUGGGGAGUCCACCAUGUCUUUAGCCAGACAAGUGAAAAAUCAGUAGAAAAGAUCACUGAAUGAACCAAUGAGAAAUUAGUUUAAUAGAAGGUAGAUGCCCAAGAAGAAAAUGCCCCAGCUCCUUCAGAGAAAGUUAAAUAUUCUUAAAGACCACUUGUAAUUAGUUCCCCCAGGCCUAGUCCUAGAAAGUGCUCUAAUUCCCUUAAAAUUAAAGGCCGUGGCCUUGCUAGUUUGCACACUUUUUUGCAUAAAUUUACAUAUCGAGUCCAAACUCUAAUUCCUUGGAAGGUAAAAGAUAUUUAAUUAAUGCAAAAUGCUGUAAUUAUAUUUAACUUCAGUUUUCAGAGCAAGCGUGUGUGAAAUACAUAAAGAUUUCAUUUCAACCAGUACCUUUAGCCUCAUUCUCCAGUAAGAGAAGGUACAUACAUGGCAGGAGUCUGAAUGCUGACAAGCAACCAACUUCAGCUGGAAUACCAAAGUUGGCCAGUUACUUACCAGGCACUGGGCCGGGCCUUGCAGAGACAACAAGGGACAAAGCACAAGGUCCCUACCCCCACGGAGACCUCAGCCCAGGCGGGGGAAGCAGACAAAAAGAAAGAAAAAAGAGGCAAAAGAAUAAAAAAGACCUGCAAGUGCUAUGAAGGAAACAAAAAGCAUGCAAAGAGUAAUGGGCUACUUGGUGGUGGUGGGAUGGUCGGAUGCUGCCUCUGGGAGGAGGUGACAUGGAAGAUGUGCCUGAGCCAGCCAUGGGAAGAGUGCACACAUUUGCUCUGUGCUGCGUGUUCGAAGAGCACUGCCUCAGAUAUUCCGCAUGCUGACCUUGUGAGAUAUUGUCUCCUCAGAGCUGUCUGAAAAUGUGGUUAACCGAAUGAAGGGUUCCAGCCAGCCUUCCAAAGCGGGGCAGCCAACUCCCCCUUCUCCAUCUGGCACCUCUGAAGGCCCGGAGAAAGAUGCCAAACCGCCCAGGUCAGAGCACAGUGGUGGCCGGCCCGCAGGGGUAGACGAGGAUGUCCUCAAGAGGUAUAAACAGGAGCAGGCCAUGGUCCAGGAUGAGCUGCUCCAGGUGGCCACGAGGGAAAGAGAGGCAGCCACCCAGCACCAGCGUGUGUCCCUGCAGCGAGGGGAGGGCAGCGUUGACCAGGACAAGUGGAGGUCAGACCAGCUGGUCAGGGAGCUGGAGAGCCGAGAGGCAGAGCUGAGACGCCGCGACACCUUCUAUAAGGAGCAACUGGGGCGCAUUGAGAGGAAGAAUGCUGAGAUAUAUAAACUGUCUUCACAGCAAUUCCACGAGGCAGCUUCGAAAAUGGAGGGCAUGAUAAGGCCCCGCAGGCUGGAGCCCGCGUGCUCAGGGCUGCAGGCGCAGAUUCUCCGCUGCUACCGUGACCACCUGCAGGAGGUGCUGCUGUGCUCCGACCUGGUCAAGGCCUACCAGCGCUGCGUGAGUGCGGCCCGCAAGGGUUGAGGAGCAGCCAUCACUCUUGGCCCUGGCAGUGACUUGGAGCCCUGAAGAAGGGACCAGUUAUGGGGCCACAGGCCACAGACACCGUGCCCAGCCAUUUCCCGCUGGGUGUCUACAGAUGCUUCUGUGCCAUAUGCUUAAGAAAUCGAGUGUGUGCGAGUGUCCAAAAACAAAUAAAGCACAUGUCUUUGUUUCAGUCA